GUUCUGAAGAGUCACUUUCUAUUUCGUGCCCCGUUCGUCCGCUGAAGAAGAAAAAAUUGCUGUGAUCAGAAGCGUUCAUUCAUAGAUCAACUAAAGAUCUAGAUCUAGAUUCUAACAGACAACUUUUUCGCAAAAUGAAUCACGCUCGCCGUUGUGUUCACCGCUUAGUGGUUAUGAGGCCCCAAUUAAGGAGUGUCUCCCAAAGCUACAGUACACUCAGCAAAGGAAUGAUGCGCCCUCUGAUACAGGCCAGCAGAAAGAGCUACAGGUUCGCACCAGCUAUUGGCAAUAAAAUGAUGUCAGGCGGUGCUGGAGAUAGCAGUUUUGAAGUUAUCAAUGUGCAAGACGAGGAAGAUUUCAAGAAGCGAGUCCUUGAAGCAAGUGCCACAACACCUAUUGUUGUGGAUUUCCAUGCUGAGUGGUGCGGCCCUUGCAAAAUCCUUGGUCCAAGGCUGGAAUCACUCAUGUCUAAAGAACAAGGGAAAGUGACUAUGGCAAAAGUCGAUAUCGAUGAUCAUUCAGAUCUGGCCAUGGAAUAUGGGGUGAGGUCUGUACCUACAGUUGUAGCUAUCAAGAAUGGCAAGAUUCAGAAUCAGUUUGUUGGUGUGAUUGAUGAUGACCAAAUCAAGGCAUUUAUUGAAAAACUUGUCAUCUCGUGAUUAGAAUGAAAGUGAUGCUCUGUAUGUUAAAUUUGUCUUCUGUGAAUAUAAAGUAUUAG